AUGGGGUUUGCCCUGCCUCAGUCUAUUAUUCCAGGUCUUCUUGAGUUUAUACUGAGCCUGAAACUGAGUGAUGAACCAGAGAGUGUUAUGAUCAAAGCUUUUUGGGAAGGUUUCUUUGACUGCAGCUUCACUCCAUCGAAUACCACAAACCUCUGUACUGGGGAUGAGGAUCUGAGAACAAUCACUAGUGCCUACACAAACACAGAAUUAAGAUCGGUUCUGGAACAACUGAAGCUGGUGGAUUUUACCGUACUGAAUGGUUACAAGGUAUCUUUUGAUGAAAACGGAGAAAGUGUGGCACAGUAUGACUUGUUAAAUUGGGAGUACAAAGAUGAUGACUCUGUGAAUGUCAUUACAAUUGGCCACUAUGAUAGCUCUUUGCCUGAAGGACAGAGAUUCAGGUUUACACAAAACACAACAAUCGUAUGGGCCCUUCAGAGCACUGAGUCUGUUUGCCAGGAUGCAUGCCCUGCCGGAAGUCGCAAGGCCACUAACAAGCGAGCACCCGUGUGUUGCUUUGAUUGCUUUGAAUGCCCGGAGGGAGGCAUAAGUAAUGAGACAGAUUCAUCAGACUGCUUUUUGUGUACUGUUGAAUUCUGGCCAAAUGAAAAAAAGGACAAGUGCAUUCAAAAACCAACUGAAUUCCUUUCCUUCACAGAAAUCAUGGGGAUUGUAUUAUCUGCGUUUUGUUGCUUUGGUGUAUUUUUGUCAAUUUUAAUCUUCAUAAUUUUCUUAGUUCAUAAAGAGACUCCUAUUGUCAGGGCCAACAACUCUGAGCUGAGUUUCCUGCUGCUUCUCUCUUUAAAACUGUGUUUCCUGUGUUCUCUGACCUUCAUCGUCCGUCCCUCAGACUGGUCCUGUAUGCUUCGCCACACAGCGUUUGGGAUCACCUUUGUCCUCUGUAUCUCUUGUGUUCUGGGGAAAACUAUAGUGGUGCUAAUGGCCUUCAGGGCUACACUACCCAGCAGUAAUGUUAUGAAAUGGUUUGGUCCAACUCAGCAGAGACUCAGCGUAUUGGCUUUCACUCUCAUACAGGUUGUGAUAUGUUUGCUUUGGUUAACAAUCAACCCUCCCUAUCCCGUUAAGAAUAUGGAAACCUAUAUGGAUAAGAUCCUUCUAGAAUGUGCCUUAGGAUCCGCUAUAGGGUUUUGGGCUGUGUUGGGGUACAUAGGAGUCCUAGCUAUGUUAUGUUUCAUACUGGCUUUUCUAGCCAGAAAGCUGCCUGAUAGUUUCAAUGAGGCGAAGUUCAUCACCUUCAGCAUGGUGAUAUUCUGUGCAGUUUGGAUCACAUUUAUCCCUGCUUACGUCAGUUCUCCUGGGAAGUUUACUGUGGCUGUGGAGAUAUUUGCAAUUCUGGCUUCCACCUUUGGCUUGUUAAUAUGCAUAUUUGUACCAAAAUGCUAUAUCAUUAUUUUCAAGCCAGAACAAAAUUCAAAAAAGCAUAUCAAGAGUAAGAUGCAAAGCAAAGGAAUCUAA